GAACUUUGGAGGAGUGUUGUUUCCCCCUCAUCCAAACUUACGAUUCGUCGACAAGCUUGGGAGCCUCACCAACACGGAUUCAAAAAUCACUUUUGGCGUCAUCAAUUGCAUAUUCCAUGUUUGAAGAUCACUGGUACCAUUCCUCAUCGCAGCCAGAAUUCUCGAGUCUGCGCCGGCACGAAUCGGUGAAAAGACAAUCUCCCGUAAGGUCCUCUUUGAUACCCCUACUUGGGAAUUCGGGUGAUUCGAAUUAGAGCAGAGCUCUCAGAAGAAGAUUACCGAACCGAGAACGACACCUCCGGGACCCCCAAAAGCUGAUAUUUUGAGACGACCGAAAUCCUAUGCCGAUCUAAGGGCUUUGGGAUGGCAGGUAGAUACUUCAUUCAUACCCGGAGACCAAAGUCACGAAACGAUCUGGAUAACCUGAAAGCCGAGCGAUAUGGACGAGGUAAAGGGUUGAAGGCUCGUGGGAGGGGCAGGAGAGCUACCAAGGGACCAAAGGAACUUGAAGAUGAGCUAGACUUUGCAGACUGGUAUGGGGAGUUCGAAGAUGACCUCCAGGAUGCGAACAACGAGCAUAAACUUUUCCAAUACACAUUAGACUCGUAUCUAACGACUUGCAAUUCUCUCAUAUCUUCAACGGACUCGACCCUCAAUCUCCUCGCAGAGCUUGAGAAAUCUUUCCAGACCGUUCACUCACAGACCUCAAGCUUCCAGGAGACAUGCUCUUCCCUUCUUGCGCAUCGAGAUCAUAUCAAGGGUCUGUUGAGCUCGAUAUCUACGAACCUUCACCCUUUUACCGAACUCGACCCUGUAACUCGGGCACUCUCUCGCCCUGGGAGUGACUUUGUCAAGACACCGUCGUUUCGUGAGAUGCUUGUUCAACUAGACAAAUGCCUUGCUUGGAUGAACGAUCCAGCUCACAGGUCCUUUCAUGAUGUCGAAAAUUACGCACCCCGUUUCCGCCAGAACAUGACACGGGCACUCACUCUGAUAAGGAAUUACUUUGUGGCAAGUGUCAGGGAGGUUGCGAACGAAGUUGUUGGACGGAUAAAGGAACGUCAAAUGAAUGACACAACCCAAAGCGCGCUGCUAUAUGCCAAAUUCCGAGUCAAUGCGCCUUUGCUUCGUGAAUUGGUUGGUGAGAUAGAAAGGCGAUGUGACCAUGAAGACGAGUUGGCUGCAACAGGAGCUCCAACAAAUAAAGACUUGGUAAGAUUCUCACGGAAUGGAAUCAACUUCGUGAGAAGCAUUUGCAUGGAUGAGUUUGAACUCUUUUGCGCGUUCUUCUCAGGAGAGCGGAGCGAUAAAUGCGAUAGCAAUUUCCUCGAGACGCUUUGUGAACCACUUUAUGAUCAUCUUAGGCCACGUAUCAUCCAUGAGUUGCAGUUGGUCAAAUUGUGCGAACUCUGCGCAUUGCUACAAACACGAUAUAUGCGAGAUCCCGAAGAUCCUGAAAACGAUUCUUAUGAUCGUACACAACUAGAUUUCGGCCAACUGAUCCAAACAACUAUUCAAGAUACUCAAAAUCGAAUAGUUUUCCGUGCCCAAACGGUAAUGCGAGAUGAGAUCGAAGGGUUUAUUCCAAAACCAGAGGACCUUGACUACCCUGCAAAGAAUCAGUCAAAAAAGAAGGCUCCAGAGAACGGAGAAGUUCCUGACUCACCCCUACCAGGCGCACCAACAAUCAUAGAUCACGAUGACAAUCCUAGCGGCAAUGGAUUCGAUACAGAAGCAGUCUUCAAGGGAUGGUACCCGGCGUUGAGAAAAUGCAUAUGGCUGUUGUCGAGGAUUUACCGUCUUGUGAAUUCUACUGUCUUCGAUGACUUAGCACACAAUAUUGUGCAUGUGACUACAGUAUCCCUCCUUAAGGCUCACCAACAAAUCGCCUUAAAGCAAACACCUGCAGAUGGCCACCUCUUUCUUAUAAAGCAUCUCAUCAUCCUGAAAGAGCAAAUAGUCGCCUUUGAUAUAGAGUUCGUUCACCCGGACGUCAAUAUCGACUUCUCAGUUCUCACGGGCACCUUCUGGGAACUUCGGGAAAAGGGCAUAUUCUCUUCGGAGGGGAUCAUCAAGCUUGUCAAGGGCGCUGCAAUGCCCAAAGUCGUAGAAAACAUGCUAGAUGCCAAAGUGGAACUAGAUGCCAGACUUCGAUUUGCCAUAAAUGAGUUUACACAACACUUUGCGAGUCGUAUGACGUCGGGGAUAAUUGGGCCUUCGAACCGACUUGCAGCAGCAAGUGCAACCGACCCUGCGAAGGUUGUUCGAAUUGCUAUAGAGAGAGAAGUCGUUGUCCUUAGGAGAAAAUUAGAGGAGUAUUUGGAGGAUGGUAGAACGAGAGAGACUUUAGUCGCAGCAGUACAGGAACAUGUUAUCCAAGCUUAUGAGUCGUACUAUGAAGAGAUAUUUCUUAGGGACGAUAGUGUUCCACCUAGAUCUCCCGGAGGUACGGUUUGGGACGUUGAAGUGUUCGUGGGAUGGAGUAACGAUAUCUUUGCGGUUGGGCAUGGCUUUUUGGCAUACGAUGGCGAUGGUGCCGGGAGUGAGGAUAUGAGCCCGGGAAUGUCAAGAGCAGGAAGUUUGUGUACGUAAUUGCGGAUAGUGCAGAUGGGAUGCCAAGUCAGAGUGUAUCUCACUAAUUCUCGAGGGGUCAGUGGUUGGUUGUUUGGAGGUUGGGAUACCUGAUAUUGUUAAGUUUGUCCGAGUGAUGGAUGUUAGAGGUAUGGAAGAUUGACGGGUAUUUUGACACUCCCCAGUGGUAACUAUUUCCCUGGAGCUACACUGCCCCGAUUCAUCUGCCGAGGAAUCUCGUUGAAUGGUUGCAAGAUGCUUGGGGUAUCAUAUCGGUAGUUCUCCAUCACCAGAUGCUUAUCUAAUCCACCAAAACUCACGUCAAUUAUCAUACUAUGACCUUCGAUACCUCCACCCGACUGGAGCACAUGCACGGGAUUUUGUCCGGUUCUUAAGUAGCUCCCGGAUUUAUAUCAUUGCAAUCCCAACCCCUGCGAACUAAGAGCGCCGUGUAGGUGCUAAAAGUGUCAAAAACAGCGAACCGAGAAAGAGAAAUCAUUUCAUGAUAGUGUAUCGUACAUCUUCACCAGCUGUGAGCCGUUGAUUAACCGUAGAUAGGUCGGUAGGGUCUCGGAGCACACAGCACUGCUGCACUGCUGAGGGUGUGCAUAAAGGUCUGCCUCAAGAAUAUAAGAGUUGCCGGACUUGCAGUGCCGGGAGUCUGCGGGCCCU